AUGUCACACAAAAUUUGUCUCCAUUUGUCCAUCUUAGCCGCCUUGGCUAUCAUCUGUCAAGCUAGAUUGAUUCAACGAAAUGAUGACUUUGAUAUACAUGAAAGAGAUGAAUUAUCACCGGAAAAAAGUGCAAUGAAAAAUCUCCCAUGGCAAAAUAUUCGUCACGACGUUGAUGAUGAUAAAGAAUAUAUGGCAUUAAAAAGUAAACGCGAUGCCUACGAAAAAGGACAAGAGAUAUUAUCCAAUACUGACUUAACUCAGCCUAUCCAUGUAAAUCCUUUGAAAGAUUAUUUAUACCGAGCUGACGAUAAAAGCAACCAAAAAAUUCUCUAUCCUUCUUACUAUGCAAACAAUAUAUUAAAACCCUUUAUCUUCAGUAAAAGGAAUUAUUCAAAGCAUAGCCGAUUACCAAGCUCAGUUAGAAUUACCACUGAAAACGAUAAGAUCUUUAAAGUUUUGCGCCGUAGAAAAAUUUUAGAAAUUAAGAUAGUUGUAAUUGAAAAAUAG